AAACUAAGAAGACAAGAGGAAGUAGUCUCCUCGGGAAAGGCUCAAGGCCGGGAAUGAAGUCGAUCAAAGUUUGAUGGUCAGGGUUGCAUGAAAGAGAGGAAAGAACGCACAGAGGUAUGCCUCCUUUCUUUUCAAACUUUUGUUCUUACCACUGCGGGAGCUCUGGGAUAUCAUUUGGCGGGCUUGGAGAGAAUGGCGAUCCCGGCGUGGGCGUCGGUGUCCCCGGGCUUUGUUUUGGAGAGAAUGGCGAUCCCGGCGUGGGCGUCGGUGUCCCCGGGCUUUGUUUUGGAGAGAAUGGCGAUCCCGGCGUGGGCGUCGGUGUCCCCGGAGGAGCAGCAGCACCAUCGGCGCCUCACCUUGCUGCUGCGCAGCAAGCAGAGGGUCCUGAAGGCGCCCCUGGCCGCCAUGGAUGAGCAGGAGCGGCAGCUUCAGUCGCGGCUGGAGGGACUCCAGAGAAUGCCGCCACCCCAGCACCGGCUGCUGCAGAAGAUCGUCCGCACGGCAAUCGUGGCCGAGGUCGCGCGGGCCUCUCCGGCGGAGAAGCCAGAGGGCGUUCGGCAAAGGAGCCACGACUAUGUUAAAAUGGCGGUGGAGCCGCCAAUUCUUCACAAAGAUUGGAUCAUUCAUCCGAUACAGGUAGCCAAUCCACAAUUGUGUAUCGAACACAAAGCUUUGUGUUGCGUAGAUAAUCGACACUCGGGAUCCGGUACUGCUGCUCUUAGGGCCGUCUACUCAGUUCUUUCCAAAGGAACAUGUGUUUCCGCAAGCUCUGUGAAAGCAAUCAAUCAAACUCUUCGAUUUGCAGGAAUGCCAUCCUUUCUAUGCAACAUAUAGUGACAGCCGGACUUAAACCAGUUGUGGAGGUGAGCUUUGGGAUUCUUUCUCUGAAACCAAAUUAAAUCUAGGUUCGUCAAUCCCAAGGAGUUCAAAGAACUCUCCACUCUCGACAGUCUUCAGUUUCAACAUUUUAGGUGGAGUUGCAGUAUGUUGAUUGUCGUAAAUUUCACUCUUUUCCUCAGUAACAAACUCUGUCUG